AUGGCAGACACCGAAACCCCCGAGGCAGGCCCCUCCGUCCCCGCCGGCCCCCAACCACGCCAAGGAAUCUACUGCGCGAUUUGCACCUUCCCCCCCGAAUACUGCGAAUUCGGCCCCUCCCCUUCCAAAUGUCGAACAUGGCUUCACGACAACCAACCGGCGCUGUACUCCAAACUCUGGUCUGAAGAAGCUAUCACCUCCAACCUUGCCAAACUCACCACCAAACAAGCAGAAGAUCUUGAAAAAGAAGCUGCCAAAAAGGAACGCAAGACGAUCGCAAAAGAAGAAAGAGCACGUCAAGAAAUGGCCGCUUCCCGCAUCAUCCUUAAGAAGGAGGCAAGGACGAAAAGGAAAGUUACAACGAGUAUUGUUGGGCUACAUUUGUUCUCGCCGCCGCUGCCUGCGUUGAAGGUGGUGGCGAAGGCGCUUUCGUCCAGGUUUGCAACUGGUGCGUCGGUUAGUAAGAGCGUUCAACACCCGGGGAUCGAUGAGAUUGUUGUGCAGGGUGAUGUAGCGGAUGAUGUGCGCGAGCUUAUUCUCUCUCGCCAAAAGCCGUUCCACGAGCUGCCAUCGGAAGCUGACGGUGGUCCUUCGGAGAAGAACGUGGCUAUUGAGGAGGAUAAGAAGAUCGCUAAGAAGGCUGCUGCUGCUGCUCCGACGGAAGACUAG